AUGGGCAUUCUCAUUCCACUCGUCUCGGUAUCCGCUUUCUGGGCCAUCAUCGGAUUCGGCGGACCAUGGAUCGUGCCGAAGGGACCAAACAAAGGAAUCAUCCAACUGAUGAUCGUCAUGACCGCUGUUUGCUGCUGGAUGUUCUGGAUCAUGGUCAGUUCCAACAUUCAGUUCAUCCCAGUAACUCUACUCAUUUUCAGGUGUUCCUCCACCAGCUGAAUCCUCUGAUCGGUCCACAAAUCAACGUGAAGACGAUUCGUUGGAUUUCCGAGAAAUGGGGAGAUGCCAAGGGACUCAUCGACAAGUAG